CACCUGGCGCAUUAUACCCAAAGUUCAUGCGAAGAUAUUACGGCCAUUUUUACAGCUUUGGGAAAAUACCAGUCCGAUUUCAACUCCUCAAUUCUCUCCCUCUCUGACUUCGCGUCCAUUUUUUAAGUCCAAUUAAUUCUUACUUUUAAACUUUUAAAUCUUGAGUUUAUUUUCACCAAUUUUCCUGUAGUUUUUCUUUCCCGAUUCGUUUCCUUGGAGCUGAAAUUGAUUCGUAGUCUUACAAUUUAGAUCUAUAUUAUUAGUGUUAAAAGAGAGGAAGAAAUUGAAUUUGCAAGAAGAUGACGACAAUGGAGAGUUUGAUUGGACUGGUGAACAGGAUUCAGAGGGCUUGCACAGCCCUCGGUGACUACGGCGGUGGCGAUCAGGCUUUUUCUUCUCUUUGGGACGCUCUUCCUUCCGUCGCCGUCGUAGGUGGGCAGAGUUCAGGGAAGUCCUCGGUGUUGGAGAGCAUCGUAGGACGUGAUUUCCUUCCCCGUGGCUCUGGCAUUGUUACAAGGCGGCCACUGGUGUUGCAACUUCACAAGACAGAGGAAGGGCAGCACGAAUAUGCAGAAUUUGGACAUAUGCAGAGGAGAAGAUUCACUGAUUUCGCCUUGGUUCGCAAGGAAAUUAGUGAUGAAACGGAGAGAAUCACAGGGAAGACUAAGCAGAUUUCUCCUGUUCCUAUUCACCUCAGUAUUUACUCCCCUAAUGUGGUCAACUUAACUCUAAUUGAUCUACCCGGUUUAACAAAAGUUGCCGUUGAGGGCCAAGCGGAAAGUAUAGUCCAAGACAUUGAAAAUAUGGUUCGGUCUUAUGUUGAGAAGCCCAACUGCAUCAUACUGGCAAUAUCUCCGGCAAAUCAAGAUAUUGCAACAUCAGAUGCUAUUAAGCUGGCAAGGGAAGUGGAUCCGACUGGUGAGCGCACGUUUGGAGUGCUGACAAAGCUAGAUCUGAUGGACAAAGGAACUAAUGCGUUGGAUGUUCUUGAAGGAAGGUCUUACCGUUUACAGCAUCCCUGGGUGGGUAUCGUGAAUCGUUCACAGGCAGAUAUCAAUAAAAAUGUUGAUAUGGUUAUUGCAAGAAGAAAGGAGCGUGAGUAUUUUUCUACAAGUCCUGACUAUGGGCACUUGGCCAGUAAAAUGGGUUCAGAGUAUCUUGCAAAGCUUCUCUCGAGGCACUUGGAAUCUGUAAUUAGAGCUAGAAUACCAAGUAUCACGUCAUUGAUAAACAAAAGCAUCGAUGAACUUGAAUCUGAGAUGGAUCACCUUGGAAGGCCUAUUGCUGUUGAUGCAGGGGCUCAAUUAUACACUAUAUUGGAACUUUGUCGCGCUUUUGACCGGAUAUUUAAGGAGCAUUUGGAGGGAGGCCGACCAGGCGGUGAUCGAAUUUAUGGAGUUUUUGACAAUCAGCUGCCAGCUGCUUUGAGAAAACUCCCAUUUGAUCGGCAUCUUUCUUUGCAAAAUGUGAGAAAAAUCGUUUCAGAAGCUGAUGGUUAUCAACCACACUUGAUUGCUCCUGAGCAAGGAUAUCGGCGGCUUAUUGAGGGAUCAUUAAAUUAUUUUAGGGGGCCUGCUGAAGCUUCUGUUGAUGCUGUUCACUUUGUCUUGAAGGAACUUGUCAGGAAGUCAAUUGGGGAGUGUAAGGAAUUGAAACGGUUUCCAACACUGCAAUCGACCAUAGCUGGAGCAGCCAACGAAGCCUUGGAAAGAUUUCGUGAGGAAAGCAAGAAAACUGUCAUUAGAUUGGUUGACAUGGAAUCUUCAUAUCUGACUGUUGAUUUCUUCCGGAAACUUCCCCAAGAAGUUGAGAAAGUGGGAAACCCGGGAAAUCCAGCAGCUGCCAAUACCAUUGAUCGCAUCUCGGAGGGACACUUCAGGAGGAUUGCAUCAAAUGUGUCAUCUUAUAUAAAUAUGAUAUCUGAUACUUUGAGAAACACAAUUCCCAAGGCAGUGGUUUACUGUCAAGUUAAGGAGGCGAAACAGUGUUUACUCAAUUACUUUUACACGCAAAUUGGGAAGAAAGAGGGUAAGCAACUUGCUGACUUGCUGGACGAAGAUCCAGCCUUGAUGGAGAGAAGGCUGCAAUGUGCUAAAAGGCUUGAACUAUACAAGAAAGCCAGAGAUGAGGUCGAUUCAGUGUCAUGGGCUCGAUGAACUUAUACGGUAGAGCAUUACGUAUCUUAUGUAUGAUAUUAUAGAUUACUUUAUAACGGUGAUUUUGUUUUAUGAUUGUUCAUUGACAGCUGAGAUUUGUUCGUUGCACACACAAUAUUUGGCAUGUGAUUUAUUUACUUACUGUUAUCUGUUUCUGGGUCAUAACCUUUAAAGUUGUAGCCUGGUAUAACAAUUAUUUUGUUUCAAUUUCUCCCCUGUUCAUUUUCUCUA